AUGCCAGGUCAAAACGCCAACCUUCAAAAUUACAUGCAACAUGCUGGCUGUCGGUGCGACCAGCUGCCUGCAGCUUUAGGCAGGCGCAUGCAGCUGUCUAACACCAUAGAGUACUCUGGUAAAUUCCCGAUCGUGGCAAAACUGCUAUCGAAGGGAGUCGGGAGGCCUCGUCUGAUCCCUCGACCAGGAAAGGUCGUCGCGAUAUCCACAUUUGUGUUCGGCGUUCUACAGGUUGAGGGAACAACGGUGGAAACGAAUACUAUCACAAAUAAAUAUGGGUUCCUUUACAAAGAAGGUCGAUCAGGGAAGGAUAUUGAGGUCAUCAGCACAGCUCUGACGCUAAGAUUACGGUGUAAGAGUAACACAGCGACCAUGAAAUGGUUAGGACUAUUAGUCACCUUUGUUACAUACUAUGCAUUUGUCAAUGCAGAUUUCGAAGCAGACGUGGACCAUGUUAUUCAACAGGCCCACAGAUGUCGUCAUAAUAACCCGGGACUGGCAGUCGCCGUCGUCAAAAAUGGCAAAGUAAUACUAGCGAAAGGUUAUGGUGUGAGUGACGUGUCAACCGGAAGUCCCACAACGAACACCACCAUCUUUGGAAUAGCGUCCCUCAGCAAGGCAUUCGCAGCCACAUUAUUAAUGAAACAGCUUGGACCAAACAAUCUCACAAUACACUCGAAAGUAGCGGAUAUUUUAGGAGACCAUUUUCAGUUCUCUACCAAUAUCAGGACUUCAAACGCAGACCUUCGAGACCUCUUGGCUCACACCUUAGGAAUACCUGGAAACAAUUAUAUCCGACUCGACACUAACUUAACACUUCGGAACCUCCCUAGCCGGAUCAAAUAUUUGAAAUCUAUUUACCCUUUCCGAAGUUCCUUCUUGUACAGCAACCUGAUGUAUGGAUUAGUUACCGACAUCUCCGAGAAGCUUGGUCACAAAACCUGGCAAGAGCUAAUAAAAACAAACAUCUUCACGCCCUUGGGAAUGACCGGAUCAACGUUUAUGACGACCGUUAACCGAAACAACGCUGAGGUCGCACAGGGGUAUGUGGAUGAUUAUGAUACUGGAGGUAUCAUCCCCGUACCUGAACAGCUAAACAGGCACUGGGGCACGCUAGCAGGAUCUGGUGGUGUAAUGAGUAAUGCAGUGGACAUGACGAAAUGGAUGAUGUUUCAUUUGAAUGGAGGGAAAAACUCUGCCGGACAUCAAGUAAUAGAUGCGCAUGCGCUAGCGUCCAUAUAUGUCCCCAGAAAUGUGAUUCGCAGCUCAACGGUGGGUCGCUAUUUCACGAAGCCAGACGUUCCCGUGACAACAAGCGAGAAUAACUACGCAUUUGGUUGGAAAAAUGGUUUUUAUAGAGGGUACCCAACUCUUAGGCAUACGGGAAGUACAUUCGGAUACUCCUCGCUCCUGACGUUGAUACCAAAUAUGGACAUAGGCAUAUUUAUUACAAUGACGGGAUCAGAUCAUGAUUACUUGUUCCGAACAGUGCUAGAAAAUUAUCUGGCCGAUAUGGCACUUGGCGAGACCCCGUGGCUGAACGCCACCACAAUGUGCACCUUUCCGGAACCGUGGAUGCGAAAACACCCCACUACACACCAUCCAAUAAUGAAGAAUUUGCCUUUGCACCGAUCGGUGGCAUCAUACAUAGGAACUUAUCAUAACGAAGCAUAUGGAAAUCUAUAUGUCCACAACUUAGCUGGAAAUCACACACAGCUUAAUAUGCAGGUCGGAAUAGGAAACUGGAAGCUCUUUCCUACACAAACUGUGGACCAUUUCAGUGGUGAAGGGGAGGGAAUUCUUUAUAAAAUAAAGGACUUGAGAAACAUCCAGUUUCAUUUAAAUUCGCACCAAUCAAGAAUCUACAGCGUUGAAGUUCCUGGAUUUGAAUCGCAUGCUCCGCCCGUCUUCAUCAAAGCUACAUCUGAUACUUCGGGGUUACUUAUCGGGUAA